AUGUCGGUGAGGACGAUCACRUCGACUUCCACGGCGUUCAUAACCGAGACGAUGCUUUCCCUGUCUCUACUUCCAGCAACCGCACAAACCUCGACUACGACUCAGGUCGUAACCGUGGAAAGGACUACAACCCUCAGUCAGCAGCCUUCGUUGGUAUAUGAGACUUUGACUGCCACCUCAACGGCUUUCGUCACUCAGACACCAUCGUUGCAAGUUCCAACUGCAGGCGCAUCUACAAGGACAGAAACCACGACUCUUCAGCUCACAACGACCUCCACAGAAAUUAUGACCGAGACUUUGCUCUCCACGUCGAUUCCAAUCGCAAGCACAAGUACUACCACAGAGGUCACAACUCUCCAGCUUACAACGAUAAUCAGUCAACCGAUAGUUACAGUUACAUUAACAUCGACGGCCUUUGCCACCGAGACCUUGCUCUCCAUGUUGUUCGCCAACGCAAGCACUUCUACAACCACGGAAACAACGACUUUGCAGCUCACUACAACCUUGAGCCAACCACCGUCGUUAAUCAUCGAGACGGCAACGGCUACUACAACUUCGCAAGUGACAUAUACCGCCAUAUCCACCCAGCUUCUCAAUGCCAGCACUUCCACAACUACGGAGCUGACCACCAUUUUGCUUACUACAACAAUUAACCAGCCUUCUUUGGUCGUAGAAAUUACGACUGCCACGACAACUGAGUUGGUCCCGUACUCAAUCACGGAAACAUUCACACCCUCUGCGUUGAUCAGUCUAUUAACCACGACACUCGAGGCAAUUACCUCAACGACCAUCAUCCUCGUGACACCUCCUGCGGUCACAGAGACAUUGCUUUCAACCCUUCCAAUCGAGACGCUCACACCGUUUGCCAGCACUGUUCAGCUUACUGCCACGGAGAUCACAUCGGUGUCAUAUCCCCUCACGCUCCCUAGAGAGACAUAUACGCCGUUUGCGGUAACUGAUUUCAUAACCACAACGCUACAACCUCCGACGGUUACCACCACACUGCUGGUGACGCCUCCACCAGUCACAGAGACUUACAUAUCGACACUCCCAGUACAGACUUUGACUCCCAACAGAAUCACAGCGACCGCAACAUUGGAGCGUCAAACGACAAGUCUGUCCGCCAUUACAAUCACACAGACCUUCAUACCGCCGCCCUCGACAGUCACAAUAGCUGUCGUCCAGCAACCGUCGUUCUAUAUCCGUGCUCUCUCAGCCUCCAGUAGAAGUUUCGGGAUCAACAGGACAUGUGGCUUCUAUGAUCGGAACGUUGCGCCUGGUCCGGGGUUUUUUUCCCCAUUCGGUUUAAACUUUGUUCGCGGCGCGAACGUGAAUGGACAGCUCUGGAGAAUUGAUCCCAUCACUGGAUACCUCUACACCGCAAGUGGGCUGGUCGCCAUGGCACAGUCCCUGAACUCACAGGAUUACAACAACCCCAAUGCACAUGCCCGGAUUGAUGUUGUCGUGGCAUCGAACCUAGCGGAUCCCAACAGCAGGCCUUAUACGUGUAAAUGGUCCGGAGUCAGCGGCGCAACGUUGUCGUGUGGGGUUUACAAUGCCGUCAAUGCUGGAGAUGGGUCGUUGCAUACCUUCGACAAAGUCGGGUUCCUCGGCAUCGGUUUCGAGGGGGCUUUUACGGUCCAUGAGAAGAAUUAUGGUGGACCUUAUGGCUCCGUACUUGGGAAUGAGCUGCAGGCUGUGCUCACUUUGGGAGAGUGUGAAGUGUAG